AUUCUCUCAAAAAAAUAUUAUAAGACUUUAAUCCAAAAAAAAGAACCAAAAUGUUUGCGGUAAUGCGAAUUGAUAAUGACGACCGUCGGUCGGAUUUCCGUCGUAAGAUGCGACCAAAGUGUGAAUUUGUGUGCAAAUUUUGCCAGAGACGUUUCACUAAACCAUAUAAUUUGAUGAUACACGAACGUACCCACAAAAGUCCCGAAUUGACGUAUGCUUGCGAGGUGUGCGGAAAAUAUUUUAAGCGUCAAGAUAACUUACGUCAGCACAGAAAAGAGAGUAAGAAACAGACAUUAAAUGAAGAUAAAAACACAUACGAGACGCAAUAUAUACAAGCAUCGUGUGGUGUGAGAGUAAAUUACGAUAAAGUUAUAAAGGUGCUAUUUGGCGCUUUCGUCACAACAGAAACAACACAAGACACAACAAAAAGUCUUGUUUACUUUAAAGAAAUUGAUGAUGAUUGUGAUUGUUCUUUCUCAUGUCCACCAAAAUAA